AUGCCUGAUUACUUGGGAGCCGAUCAGCGGAAGACCAAGGAGGAAGAGAAGGAGGACAAACCUAUACGGGCUCUGGAUGAAGGGGACAUUGCCCUACUGAAGACAUAUGGACAAAGCACAUAUUCUCGGCAGAUUAAGCAGGUGGAAGAUGACAUACAACAGCUUCUCAAGAAAAUUAAUGAGCUCACAGGCAUUAAGGAAUCUGACACAGGACUUGCUCCUCCAGCACUCUGGGAUCUGGCUGCUGAUAAACAGACUCUGCAGAGUGAACAACCACUUCAGGUGGCCAGGUGUACAAAAAUUAUCAAUGCUGAUUCUGAGGACCCGAAGUACAUCAUUAAUGUUAAACAGUUUGCGAAGUUUGUGGUAGACCUCAGUGACCAGGUUGCUCCUACUGACAUAGAAGAAGGAAUGAGAGUUGGAGUGGACAGAAAUAAAUACCAAAUUCAUAUACCCUUGCCUCCAAAAAUUGACCCCACAGUUACUAUGAUGCAGGUGGAAGAGAAACCUGAUGUGACCUACAGUGAUGUUGGAGGCUGCAAGGAGCAGAUAGAAAAGUUAAGGGAAGUUGUUGAAACUCCUUUGCUUCACCCUGAACGGUUUGUUAAUCUGGGUAUCGAGCCACCAAAAGGAGUGCUUCUAUUUGGCCCUCCAGGAACAGGAAAAACCCUUUGUGCACGUGCAGUAGCCAACAGGACUGAUGCCUGCUUCAUCCGAGUCAUUGGCUCAGAACUGGUCCAGAAAUAUGUAGGAGAGGGUGCUAGAAUGGUGCGUGAGCUGUUCGAAAUGGCCAGGACAAAGAAAGCCUGCCUCAUUUUCUUUGAUGAAAUUGAUGCCAUUGGUGGUGCCAGAUUUGAUGAUGGAGCAGGAGGUGACAAUGAAGUCCAGAGAACUAUGUUGGAACUCAUCAAUCAGUUGGAUGGGUUUGAUCCCAGAGGAAAUAUUAAAGUGUUAAUGGCCACAAACAGACCUGACACAUUGGACCCAGCUUUGAUGAGGCCUGGCAGACUGGACAGAAAAAUUGAAUUCAGCUUACCUGAUCUUGAGGGUCGUACACACAUAUUUAAGAUUCAUGCUCGUUCCAUGAGUGUUGAGCGAGAUAUAAGAUUUGAGCUGCUAGCACGAUUAUGUCCAAACAGUACAGGAGCUGAAAUCCGCAGUGUUUGCACUGAAGCAGGAAUGUUUGCCAUUAGAGCACGUCGCAAAGUUGCAACAGAGAAGGAUUUCUUGGAGGCUGUAAAUAAGGUCAUCAAGUCAUAUGCAAAGUUCAGUGCAACACCCAGAUACAUGACCUACAAUUAA